UGUGAGGCGUGCCGAACACGUGGCGUGAACAUUCUCGGUGUGCCCGCAGAGGAGUGUAAUGAUAUAUUUUCAAAAAAGCAGAAUGCCACAUCAAACACAGAAAGCUAAAAAUCAAAAACACAGAAGCUAUGACUAACUUAUAUGUCCAUUCUCCCUUUGUAAGGCGUGCCAAAUACGUGCCGUGCCGUGAAUAUUUUCCGUGUGGGGACAGAGCAGUGUAAUUUGAUGAUAUAUUUAUUAUCAAAAACAACCCACAAUCCCAUCAUCCAUUCCAUUAUCAUUUCCAUUUCCAUUCCCCUGCUUUUUUGUUAGUUCUUGCAAGCCAUGCAUUUCUUCACAAUACCUCCUCCUGCUGCUGCUGCUCCUGCUUUUAUUAUUUUCUUUGGAUUUUUCAUCCUUCAUAAUAAUUCUAUAUUGUGCGAUGCCACCUCUUCUAAUUUCAGUUGCAUCCCAAGCGAGAGACAAGCGCUUCUCAACUUCAAGCAUGAUCUCGAUGAUCCUGCCCUCCGCUUGGCCUCCUGGGUUGGUGACGACUGUUGCAAUUGGUCUGGCGUUGUCUGCUCCAAGCUCACUCCUCAUCAUGUUCACAAGCUCCUACUUGGUGAUCCUGGCGAACAAUUUGUUGAGAAGCCAUUGAGUGGUGAGAUAAACCCUUCUUUGGUGGAUUUGAAGCAUCUACGACACUUGGAUCUAAGCAUCAGUCUUAUUGGGGGCGCUCGAAUUCCAGAAUUCCUUGGAUCUUUACGGAGUUUAAGAUAUCUUAAUCUCUCUGGAACUGGUUUCGGUGGAAUGAUUCCUCAUCAACUUGGUAAUCUCACAAAUUUACACUCUCUUGAUCUUAGCUAUGUAUACGCAGUAAUCAAUGAUACUGAGGUCCACGCAUAUGCUAAGAAUCUUCAAUGGCUUUCUCAACUUUCUUCGUUGCGGUACCUUGACAUGAGUUCCAUUGACCUUGACGAAGCAUCUGAUUGGUUGGAGGUAACAAAUUCACUCCCUUCUUUGGAAGUCCUGCGCUUAAGCUACUGCAAUUUGAACUUCAUUUUUCGUCCAACAUCUCAUGUCAAUUUUUCAUCUUUAGCCCUUCUUGAUCUUUCCUCUAACUAUUUAGGGAGCAAUAUUUCACUAUGGGUUUCCAAUUUGAGAAGUUUGACUUCUCUCUAUCUAAGUGGGAUUGCAAAUGGUGCUUCUAUCCCUGAUGGUAUUCAAAACUUAACUUCCCUUGUGCACCUUGAUCUUUCUGAGAACUCUUUUAAUACCUCAAUACCCAGCUGGUUAUAUAGUUUAAGCCAUUUGGAGGUUCUCAACCUUGCUGAUAAUCAAUUGAGAGGUCCCAUCCUUGAAGAUAUUCAAAACUUAACUUCCUUUGUGCACCUUGAUCUUUCUUAUAACUAUUUUAAUACCUCAAUACCCAGCGGGUUAUAUAGUUUCAGCCAUUUGAAGGUUCUCAACCUUGGUGGUAAUCAAUUGACAGGUACAAUAUCAAGUGAAAUAAAAAAUAUGACAUCUAUCAUUACACUUGACCUCUCAUGGAACAAGCUACAAGGAGACUUGCCAACAUCAUCCAUGGCUCAACUUUGCAAAUUAAAAGAAAUUGAUCUGUCAGGCAACACAUGGAAUCAAUCCAUAUCCCAAAUCCUAGAUAGUUUUUCGGGAUGUCUUUCUGAUAGACUGAAGGUUUUGAAGAUUCAGGAUGGUCAAAUAUAUGGUCAUUUAACCAAUAAAAUUGGGCAGUUCAGAUCUCUGAUCGAUCUUGAUCUGUACAAUAAUUCAAUUUCUGGUCUAAUACCUGAAUCUUUGGGGCAGCUUGUUAAUUUGCAAUCGUUAGACAUUAGCAAUAAUCAGAUGGAAGGUAUAAUUUCGGAGGCUCACUUUGCUAAUACAACAAGACUGAAAUUUCUUUCUAUAUCGGAUAACCCACUCACUUUGAAACUAGGUCAGGAUUGGGUUCCUCCUUUUCAACUUGAACGUUUAUAUAUGGACUCCUGUCAUUUGGGCCCACAAUUUCCAAUGUGGGUACGGUCACAAAAGACCCUUUCUUAUUUGGAUUUAUCCAACACAAGUCUUGCAGAUGUUCUUCCCGAUUGGAUUUUCAACUUCUCUUCAGAAUUACGAUACUUAGAUCUUUCUCAAAAUCAAAUGCAUGGAAGGAUUCCCAAUCUGACGAAUAUGGGGACGCAGGAGUACUCAGCAAUCGACCUGAGCCAAAACCACUUCGAGGGGCCCUUGCCUUUGGUAUCUUCCAAGGUGUAUAAACUAGAUCUUUCUGAUAAUCUACUUUCAGGAUCCAUUUCUCAAUUCUUGUGUAGCUCACCAAGUGAGCCAAUGAAUAUGGCAGCUCUCGAUCUUGCCAAAAAUCGGUUGUCAGGAAAAUUACCCAACUGUUGGAGCAAAUGGAAAAAUAUACAGGUCUUAUAUUUAAAUUACAAUAGCUUUGGUGGUGGUAUUCCUUCAUCCUUCGGUUCAUUGAUUUUUCUUCAAUCGUUGCAUCUCCGUAGUAACAACCUAGCUGGAAUAUUAUCUCUUUCUUCUUUACAGAAUUGUAUUAAUUUAGUUACUCUGGAUCUUAGUAAGAAUAAAUUUGAGGGAAACAUUCCUACUUGGCUUGGAACAAGUCCUGCAAAGUUGAGGUUUCUUAUUGCUGGCUUCAAUGAGUUCCAUGGUCAUAUACCUGAACAACUAUGUGCUCUCAAUUCCCUUCAAAUCUUGGACCUUUCAAACAACAAUCUGUUCGGCCCAAUACCAAAAUGUUUUAACAAUUUCUCUAUUAUGGCAAUAGAAAAGGUUGAAGAUACUGAGUUUUGGUACAAUAAGACAGCACAGGAUGGUGACUAUUCUUACGUAGAGGCUGCAUUACUCCUACUGAAAGGCGAGCCAAUUGAAUACAAUAAGACACUUGCACUUGUAAUUAUCAUAGACUUGUCUGGUAACUCUUUGUCAGGACACAUUCCUUUAGAAAUUACAAAUCUCUCAAAUCUGCUCUCAUUGAAUUUGUCAAACAACCUUUUAGAUGGAGAGAUUCCUGUGAAAAUAGGUAAUAUGCGAGAACUGGAGUCCAUUGAUUUUUCUAAGAACAAACUUUCUGGUGAAAUCCCUCAAAGUAUGUCGAGUUUGAAUUUCUUGAGCUAUUUGAAUUUGUCCUACAACAACCUCAGUGGAAAGAUCCCAACGGGCACUCAACUCCAAAGCUUCAAUUCAUCCAGCUUUGUCGGCAACAAACUAUGUGGUCCUCCACUCACUCUAAACUGCAGCACAAAUGGUGAAGUCACUGUUGUUGAAAAGAAUAGAAAAGAAGACGACCAUGAAAUGUCAUGGUUUUACAUUGGCAUGGCUGUUGGAUUCAUUGUAGGUUUUUGGGGAUUUUGUGGUUUUCUUAUUUUCAAUCGGACAUGGAGACAUAGUUAUUUCAAGUUUCUCGACUGCAUCAACGACCAGAUCUAUGUGGCUUCAGUCCUAAAGCUGAGAUGGUUCCGUAAAACGAUAACAACUUGUUACAACAAUCAAUGAAUUGUGUCAUCUUCUAUAAGGUAUAUACAUUUCAGAUGGAAGGUGUCCCUUGGUCCAGAGAGAGCAUUUGGAGUAAAUUUCUGAUAUUAUGGGAUUACGUAAUUUUUUACGAGCAGUUGACUCUAGUAAUUUAGACUCUUUUUUUUUUUUUUUGUUGGGUUCCGUUUUUGCUUCUAUGUACUUUAAAAGUGUGCUUUUUUUUUUUUUUUGGGAUUCCGUUUUUGCUUCUAUGUACUUUAAAAGUGUGUUUGAAUCAAAUUCUGAUAUUUGGCAAAUAUUAAGUUUUUGUAUUAAGGAAACUAUAAUUUUAUAAAUGUAAGGCAUUUAUUUCAAAUCGAACAGGACGAUGCUAUAAAAUUUUUACUAUUUUUUAAUUUUUUUAACACCUUUAAACUUGUGAAGGUAACUUUGUUUUA